AUCUUUGCACAGUUAGUUAGCAUCAGGAGAAAGAAAAAACAAAAAUAAACAAAAAAUGUCUCUGGCAUCUUCAAUCCCAUGCAUCAAAAUCCCAACUUGUUCCUCUUCUCCAUCAUCUUCUUCCUCAACUUCAUCCUAUUCUUUCAGGUUUUCUUCUUCCAAGCCUCACAGUAUCACUAUAAGGAGCUCUCAGGCUGAAGGGCCUGUGAGAAGGCCAGUGGCACCCCAGAUAAGAGAACCAUCAUCAACAAGUGUUCCUCCUCAGCUUCAGAAGCCAGCACUUCCUUCUCAGACUCCUCCAUCACCCCCUUCAGUGGUGCCUCCACCACAGAAGCCUGCUACUGCUGUUGUUGGGGAUGGUAAGAAUGUCAUUACAUUAGAGUUUCAGAGGCAAAAGGCCAAGGAGUUGCAGGAAUACUUCAAACAGAAGAAGCUUGAAGAAGCAAAUCAGGGUCCUUUCUUUGGUUUCAUAGGGAAAAAUGAGAUUAACAAUGGAAGAUGGGCAAUGUUUGGUUUUGCAGUAGGGUUGCUUACAGAGUUUGCAACAGGCUCAGACUUUGUUGAUCAAAUAAAGAUCCUUCUCUCGAAUUUUGGGAUAGUGGAUUUGGAAUGAAUGAAUACCUCAAUAUGAAAUACUGUCAAUACUUUCUUGUUCCUGUCGCUGGUGUAAACUAUGUUGAGUAAUUUGUUUUGUAAUUCAUUUAUACAAAACAAGCUUUCUCUUCAUAUUGAUGAAUCUCAAGAAUUUGAUGUUCCUUUUCCCAUUAUGCUGGACUUCCAAGAGAUCGAAAAAUUUAAAGAGCAUUGCAGUUUUAUAGUGACAUUGAUACUCAGAAUAUGUAAGAUUGUGAUAGAUUACUUAGUAACUAUACAGCUAUUCUCUUGAGGAAUAGCUUGAAAAGGUUGUCGGUUUUACCAGCUUGAAACCUGUGUUGAAAAUAUGUCUAAUAUCAGCAGUUUGAAAGUGCAUAAUUUCCUAUGAAUUGUCAUUGUCACAACGCAGAUAAUGUGUAGUUUUGUAAAGUGACAUUGUGAAACGUUUCUAUCUCGUUUUAUUGGAAAUAUAAACUUUUGUUUAUUUUUCUUAUAAGAUUUAGAUGACUUUUGCAAGACUAUCAAGUUUCCAAUAAGAGAUUUUCUUCUUCCUUUUCCA